AUGCAUGCCCCAAGACAGUCCGACCCGGCGUCGCCAGUCGCAGACGUGCAAAGCUUCGACGACGAAGAUAUCUACGCCGAGACAUAUCCCGAAGGAGGCAAAGAGGCAUGGCUUGUCGUCGUGGGCGCAUGGUGCGCCAUGAUCCCGUCCAUGGGCGUUCUUAACACCCUAGCUGUCCUGCAGGCCUGGGUCUCGCAGCAUGAGCUGGAGGGGAUGUCUGAGUCAACCAUUGGCUGGGUGUUCAGCACGUACGCGUUCUUCUUGUACUUCUGUGGGGCUCAAGUUGGCCCUAUAUUCGACGCGCACGAUGUUAGGCUCCUCGUGGUGCCAGGGUGUGUGGGGAUGGUGGCUUCCGUGAUGAUAUUGAGUGUGUGCAAAGAAUACUACCAGUUCCUGCUCACCUUCGGAGUCCUGGGAGGCAUGUCAGCCUCCCUGCUCUUCAACCCCAGCAUCGCGGCAAUAGGUCACUGGUUCUCCAAGAGACGCGCAUUGGCGACAGGGGUAGCAUGCACAGCGGGCGGUGUCGGCGGCGUCGUCUUCCCCCUGAUUAUGGUCUUCAUGGCCCCACGGGUGGGCUUCCCCUGGGCGAUCAGGACCGUUGGUCUCCUCUGCGCCGCGGCGUCCGUCGGCGCCUGUCUCCUGCUCAAGAAGCGCCUCCCACCCAACAGGAAGGCCGGCGCCGCCAUCGACCUCAAGGCCCUCGGGGACCCCAAGUUCGGCAUGACGGCCCUGGCAGUCUUCCUGAUCGAGUUUGCGGUGUUCAUCCCAUACACGUACAUCUCUUCCUAUGCCCUCCACGAGGGCAUCGACCUCCAGACGUCGCUGCUCCUCAACGCUCUUGUCAACGCCGGUGCCAUUCCGGGCCGUGCGCUGCCGGGAUAUCUUGCAGACCGGUUUGGUCCAAUGAACGUCAUGUGUAUCACGGCGGGUGUGUGCGCCACGUUCAUCUAUGCGCUGUGGCUGACGGCCGUUGGCAGCAAGGCCGCCACCGUCGCAUUCGCCAUCCUGUUUGGCUUCUGGUCGGGCGCUGGAAUCAGCCUCACGCCGGUCUGUAUUGGCCAGGCGUGCAGGACCGAGGACUACGGCAAGAGGAACGGGACGGCGUUCUUCCUUGCUAGUUUCGGCACGUUGGUGGGUGUGCCACUGGCUGGGGCUAUUGUGCAGUGGUGUGAUGGUGCUUACUAUGGCUUGAUUGUCUUCGCUGGGGGGUUGUAUUUCUUAUCGUUGUGCGCCUUCUUCGUAGCUAGGGGUCUUUGCGCUGGAUGGAGUUUGAAAACUCUGUUCUAGCUGGCCAACGCUGUCAAAUAGCUGAACGUAACUAUCAAAUUUUAGAGAGAUAGAUAAUACCCAUGUAGAUUUUGAGAG